AUGCCAAGCAUCCUCGACCGGAUCGUCGCCAAAAAGCGCGAGGAACUUGCUGCGUCUAUGGCGGCGGUUCCAUUGUCGGCAUUGCAGGACGCUAUAGCUGCGCGGCCUUUGCCCCUCGACUUCCCCGCUGCUCUGCGAGGCGACCGCAUCCGCCUCAUCGCCGAGAUCAAAAAAGCUUCCCCUUCCAAGGGAUUGCUCCGCGAGGAUUUCCAUCCCACGGAACUCGCGGCGACUUACUCCGGCAAUGGCGCAGCGGCGAUUUCAGUUAUCACCGACGGUCAUUUCCUGGGGGCGCCGUCGCACCUGACAUCUGUCAAGGAAAGCGGUGCAUCGGGAUCAGUUCCCGUGCUCCGCAAAGAUUUCCUGUUCGACCCCUACCAGGUAUGCGAGGCCCGCGCCAUCGGCGCCGACACCUUUCUGUUGAUCGUCGACAUUCUGUCCCCGUCGCAGCUUUCCGAGCUUAUCCAUCUCGGCUCCGAACUGGGAAUGACACCGUUGGUGGAGACGCACGACGCCGAGGAGAUCGCCACGGCCGUGAAGGCUGGGGCGGAGGUCAUCGGCAUCAACAAUCGCGAUCUGCAUACCUUCGUAACCGACCUGGCGACCACCGAGUCUCUGGCUCCCCUGAUUCCCGCCGAUAAAGUCAUCGUCAGCGAGAGUGGUAUCAGCACGCCCCAGGACUUGGCCCGCCUGGAACCCUUGGGCGUCCACGCGGUCCUGGUAGGGGAAGCCUUGGUGACCGCGGCCGAUACCGCCGCCAAGGUGAGAUCCCUCACCGGCGCGCCCGUACCGGUGUAG